UUCGCUGUGCCUGACUGGAGACUUCAACAUGUCCCGGGUUCUGAUCGUGGGAGCGGGUCUGACAGGUAGUCUGUGUGCGUGUCUGCUGCGGAGGAACAUGGACAACAAAGUCCACAUUGUGGUCUGGGACAAGGCCAGAGGUUCUGGUGGAAGGAUGUGCACGUCUCGUCCUCCUGACUCCCAGUGUCAGUCGGCGGACAUAGGAGCGCAGUACAUCACGGCCACACAUGAAUAUGCUCAGUCUCACCACAGCCUGUACACAGAGCUGGUGAGUGCGGGGGUGCUGCGUCCUCUGGACUGUGUGGUAGAAGGACUGCGACACCAAGAGGGGAGUCAGAACUACGUGGCACCACUGGGCAUGAGCAGUGUGGUCAAACACUUCCUGUGUGAGUCAGGAGCUGAUUUGUUCUUGGAGCAUCAUGUGACUGGCCUGUACCGCCGCGGUGCAUCAUGGGAGGUUCACAGGAAGCAUGGCGCCAGUGAGCGCUUUGACUCUGUCAUCCUGACCAUGCCUGUACCUCAAAUACUGCAGCUGCAAGGAGACCUGCCACAAUUGCUGUCUGUCCAGCAGAGGGAGCAGUUAGAAGCAGUGAUGUAUUCUUCACGCUUCGCCUUGGCGCUCUUCUUCCCGCCUGGCGUGGACAUCAAGGUGCCGUGGGCGGUGCGCUACUACAACAACCAGGGUGACAACAGCGAGUGUAUCUGCUACGCCACCGUGGAGCAUCGUAAACGCGGCACAGAAGGCCACGCCCCCCUGGGUCCUACUCUGGUGGUCCAUAGCAGCGCUCCCUUCGGCCUGCAGCACCUGGAAGAGGAGAAGGAGGAAGUUGAGCCCGUGGUCUUGAGGGAAGUCUACAGGCUCCUCCCCAAUCUGCCUCAGCCAAUCAGCAUCAAGUGCCACAAGUGGAGGUACUCACAGGUGCUGACCUCAGUGGCGGACUGUCCGGGUCACAUGACUGUCCUGGAGCGCCCCCUGCUGGUGUGCUCGGGAGACGCCUUCAGCCACUCCAACUUUGACGGCUGCGUGGAGUCUGCAGUGAGCGUGCUCGCCGCCUUCAAGGCAGGAAGUCAGCUCGCCACCUGACUGAUACUUUCACUUUCACAUAAAUACUUUAUUCACUUGACACCACACCUGACAUCACCUUUCACACACACCUGACAUCUUCUUUCACACACACCUGACAUCACCUUUCACACAGGCUGCUCAAAAAACAGCAAGUUGAUUAACAGCCGUUUGCUAUGCUUAUCUUGCUGAUUGACACACCUCCAGGUGGUCCUCCUGGAGACACAAGCAUCCUACUAGCAGUGCCACACCACACCUCCAGGUGGUCCUCCUGGAGACACAAGCAUCCUACUAGCAGUGCCACACCACACCUCCAGGUGGUCCUCCUGGAGACACAAGCAUCCUACUAGCAGUGCCACACCACACCUCCAGGUGGUCCUCCUGGAGACACAAGCAUCCUACUAGCAGUGCCACACCACACCUCCAGGUGGUCCUCCUGGAGACACAAGCAUCCUACUAGCAGUGCCACACCACACCUCCAGGUGGUCCUCCUGGAGACACAAGCAUCUGUGUCCAGACGUCCCAUCUUGGCGGCCUCACUGAUUGAGACUGUGGUGUGUCAAGUUGACCACUGCUACUACAAACCUGUUCCGCUUGUCUUUUUUACAAUAAUGGUUUGUUGCGUGAUAAAGUGCCAAAUGCUGUUGGUGUGCAAAUAACUGCUGGGUCAGACUUCCAUAGACAUGUUCUAAGAGUACGCAGCAUGGAGCGCUACUGCCUACUGGCGCUGACGAGACACGGGCCGCCAUCUUGGAGUGGUGAUCAGUGCAAUUCAUUUGGCAGGAGCAAUGAAGUGUCAUUCAUCUUACCUCACUGACUCCUGUGGACUCCUUCCGUUUCUUGGGCACCACCAUCACCCAGGACCUCAAGUGGGAGUCGACCAUCAGCUCCCUCAUCAAGAAGGCCCAGCAGAGAGGAUGUACUUCCUGCGGCAGCUGAGGAAACUUAAGGUGCCGACCGAGAUGCUGGUGCAGUUUUACUCAGCCAUCAUGGAGUCCAUCCUGAUCUCCACCAUCACUGUGUGAUCCAGGAUAAGCAUCGCCUGCAGCGCAUGGUACGUGCUGCUGAGAAGGUGAUUGGCUGCAAGCUCCCAUCCCUCCAGGACUUGUUCUCCUCCAGGACCAGGAGGCGUGUGGGUCGGAUCACAGCUGACUCUUCUCACCCUGGACACAAACUAUUCUCCCCUCUCCCCUCAGGCAGGAGACUACAGUCCAUCCAGACCCACACCUCCCGCCACCUCAACACUCUUUUCCCCUCGGCCAUCAGGCACAUGAACAAUAACAAGAUCUGAUAGCUCAGUUACAGCUCAUUUUACUACCGUUUCUGUGUUGUGUCUUUUAUGUUGCACCACGAAAAAUUCCUAGCUUGUGAACCCGUUCUCAAACAAUGGCAAUAAAAAAUUUAAAAAAAUUCUGAUUCUGAAUACCACUGA